GUCCCGUUAUUCCUCAAGUUCACCGUGUGUCUCCGUGUUUCUCCGUGUGUAUGUAGAUCUCUGGCCGAGCUUUAAUGCAGUCAGUCCCUGAUUCUCAUUCGACACGAGCCUGAUAGAGCUAGAGAGAGAGAGAGAGAGAGAGACGCUGGGAUUGAUCAGGGGAUCGAGAUUCUCGUGUGUGGGAUUAAAUGCGUGAUUUCCACCGUUGCAAAGACAUUUUCCCGUCCUUCUGGUGAUCUCUGAGUAUCGUGUGUUUGAUGGAGAUCUCGUGAUCUGUCGUCAGUUUCCGCAUCUCUGACUCGUUCUGACGGGGUUUAUUCUUCUCUUGGAUUUAAGGGUUUUUCUUCACCUCUUUUGCUGAUCUAAAGGAGGAUCAAUCCGACUGGAAUUAACUCAGGAUAUCGUUGUGUUUCUGAAGCAUGGCAGGCAGCGUCUCCAUCAUCCCGAGGGCCGUCGCUCCGACAGAGAAACAUCAGGAUCAGCAGAAGGAGCUCGCCUGAGGAUCUGUGUCGUCAGGGUAAAUUCUGUGGAUUUACACGUUUGUGAGGAUUACGCCUUUGCUUCCCUCUGCUCUCGCCAUGUUUGCUCUGAGAAUGAUCCUUGGGGUCGUCUCUGUGGUUUGGGGGUCGUCGCUCGUGGUUUGUCAGCAAGCACAGUUCACCACCGUCACCACGAACUACGGGAAGCUGCGAGGAUUGCGUGUGGCGCUGCCCAGUGAGAUCCUGGGCCCCGUGGAGCAGUAUCUGGGCGUCCCGUACGCGAUGGCCCCGACUGGAGAGCGGCGGUUUCAGGCUCCGGAGCCGCCGGCGUCGUGGCCCGGCAUCAGGAACGCCACACAGUUCGCUCCGGUGUGUCCGCAGUAUCUGGAGGACCGGCUGCUGCUCACGGACAUGUUACCGGUCUGGUUUACCGCAAACCUGGACACGGUCGCGACGUACGUACACGAGCAGAGCGAAGACUGUCUGUUCCUCAACAUCUACGUGCCCACGGAGGAAGACGCUCAUGACGACACAGGCUUGAAGCCGGUCAUGGUUUAUAUUCACGGCGGCUCGUAUGUGGAGGGAACGGGGAACAUGAUCGACGGCAGCAUCCUGGCCAGCUACGGAAACGUGAUCGUGGUCACCGUUAACUAUCGGUUGGGAGUGUUGGGUUUCCUCAGCACUGGCGAUCAAGCAGCCAAAGGGAACUACGGUCUGCUGGAUCAGAUCCAGGCUCUGCGCUGGGUGAAGGAGAACAUUCAGGCUUUCGGCGGCGAUCCAGAGCGAGUGACCAUCUUCGGCUCCGGAGCAGGAGCCUCCUGUGUCAGUCUGCUGACCCUCUCACACUACUCUGAAGAUCUGUUUCAGAAAGCGAUCAUUCAGAGCGGGACGGCUCUCUCCAGCUGGGCUGUCAACUACCAGCCGGCCAAAUACACACGCAUGCUGGCCGAGAAGGUGGGCUGCAAUGAAGACGACACGGUCGAGCUGAUCGAGUGCCUCCAAAACAAAAACUACAAAGAGCUGAUUGAGCAGAACAUCACCCCUGCUAAAUACCACAUCGCCUUUGGACCCGUGAUCGACGGAGAUGUCAUUCCGGACGACCCACAGAUCCUCAUGGAGCAGGGAGAGUUCCUGAACUAUGAUAUAAUGCUUGGAGUCAACCAGGGCGAAGGGUACAAGUUUGUGGAUGGGAUCUUAGACAGCGAGGACAGAAUAACGAGCAACGACUUCGAGUUCGCCAUAUCAGAAUUCGUCGACCACUUGUACGGCUACCCAGAAGGAAAGGACACCCUGCGGGAAACCAUCAAGUUCAUGUACACGGACUGGGCGGACAGGGAAAACCCGGAGAUGCGGCGGAAAACUCUAGUCGCACUUUUCACAGAUCACCAGUGGGUGGCGCCAGCCGUGGCUACAGCGGAUUUGCACGCACAAUACGGAUCGCCCACAUACUUUUACGCCUUUUAUCACCACUGCCAGAGCGAUAUGAAGCCAGCCUGGGCCGAUUCGGCACACGGAGACGAGCUUCCGUACGUUUUCGGCAUUCCCAUGAUUGGCCCAACAGAUCUCUUCAACUGCAACUUUUCCAAGAAUGACAUAAUGUUGAGCGCCGUGGUCAUGACAUACUGGACAAACUUUGCUAAAACUGGAGACCCGAAUCAGCCGGUUCCUCAAGACACAAAGUUCAUACACACUAAACCGAACCGCUUUGAGGAGGUGGCUUGGUCUAAGUACAACCCUAAAGACCAGCUGUAUCUGCACAUCGGCCUGAAGCCUCGCGUCCGUGACCACUACAGAGCCACCAAGAUCGCCUUCUGGCUGGAGUUAGUGCCCCACUUACACAACAUCAACGAACUCUUCCAGUACGUUUCAUCAACGACCAAAAUCCCACCACAGGACACAACGCCGUUCUCCUACACCAAACGCCUGUCCAACAAACUCUGGCCUUCGACCACCCGCCAUCCACCCGCUCCUCCUGCCAACACUAAACAGAUGUCGGAUCAGCAGAAGACAUCCGAGCACGGCGACGGGACGGUUAUCAUCGAAGCGCGAGAUUAUUCAACCGAACUGAGUGUGACGAUCGCCGUCGGUGCGUCUCUGCUCUUCUUAAACAUCCUGGCAUUUGCCGCGCUCUACUACAAGAAAGACAAACACCGGCUGGAGUCGAGUCGCAGGCACAGUCCACCAAGAAAUCUCGCUAACGACAUUCCCCGCGUGCCGAGCGAAGAGCUGUCCCUGCGAAUGAAGCAGCUUGACCAUGAUCACGACUGCGAUUCGCUGCAAGGCCACGACAUGAUUCAGCUGACCUGUCCUCCGGAUUACGCUCUCACGUUGCGCCGCUCGCCCAACGACGUGCCACUGAUGACGCCGAACGCCAUCACUAUGAUUCCCAGCUCUUUUGCUGGCAUGCAACCGUCGUAUCACAACCCGUUCAACACGUUUGGGAACAGCACUCCGAGCAGCACGGGCCUCCCGCACGGACACUCUACGACACGAGUAUAACUCAUCGUAAGUUGACAGACUAUUUAGAUGCGCACCCGGGUGCUUGAACACAAAUACUGAGGGUGUUAUUUUGUUACGGACUCUUUUAUGAAAUCAGUAACGUUACACUUAUUAACCUGUAUAAUGUGAUCAGUGAAUGUAAACAUAUUUCUCAUUCAUGGUACAGCGACUUAAGCUUUCAAAAAAAAUAUGAUUAUGUACAGUAAAUGAAGAAAUAUUAAUUGCAUCCUGAUUUCCUGGUUAACAUGUGAGAUGAUUUAUCACGAAGCACUUGCAUUGGAGCACAAAUACCUGCAAAUACAUGGUAAACGAAGAUUGGGGGUAAGGAGUUACAUUUUUGCUGUUACUUGAUAUUCAUAAUUAUGUCAGAUGUAGAAAGCCUGGUCAUACAGUUUGAAAUGGACUUAAUAGCUUGAAGUUUAAAGAUUUUAUAAUUGAACUUUAAAAUGGAUGGAUGGAUAGAUAGACGGAUGGAUAGAUAGAUGGAUAGAUGGAUAGAUGGAUGGAUGGAUGGAUGGAUAGACAGAUAGGCGGAUAGGCGGAUGGAUAGACGGAUGGACGGAUAGAUGGAUGGAUAGAUAGAUGGAUACAUGGAUAGAUGGACGAAUGGAUGAAUAGAUGGACAGAUGGAUGGACGGAUGGAUGGAUAGAUUGAUAGAUAGAUUGCUAUUGCUAAGGUUUUUGUUUUAGGUGGUUGUAGAGUGUUGCUAUGCAAUUGCUAGAGUGUUGCUAGGGUUUUGCUAGGCAAUUGCUUUGAUGUUCUAGGUGGUUGCUAGACUGUUGCUAGGCAGAUGCAAGGUUGUCUUUCUAUCUAUCUAGAGUGAGCUGUGUGUGUCAUGUUCUGCAGUGCUUUAUGGGAGUCCAUUGUGUCUGUUCCGCAGCCAUGACCAGCAGUAGUAUUGAUCACUGUGGCUGAUUUAAGAGGAUUUCUGUACAUAUUUAGUCUCUGUGUUUUUUCAAGAAGUCAAGAACGAACUUGUGCCACAGAAGUGUCGCUGCUUACAUUUUAAACACGAGAUCAGGUUGCAAUGAUGAACUCUUGUGCCAUCUGAGAGGAUCUGCUGUCAGGUCUUAAAGGUGCUGCAAAAUCUUUAAACCCCGCCCUCUACAGAUUUGAUUGACAGGUACAGGGUUUCUGAUGGGCUCUUUUCUGUUAUUUUUGCAGUCUAGAGUUCUGUGAUUUCUCACAGCACGUGUUUCACUGAUAUCUGCCAGAUUGUAGUGAGACUUUAUUUGUAUUAUUGUGUUAAAUUUAUUGCUUGCAGCACCUUUUGAGCUCGUAUCUUUGUGGCAACAGCCUUUAUCUGACAGUAAUCUUUCUCAGCCUGAAUAGUGUUAUUUUAGUGUAUAUAGCAUAUAGAAUAAAUUGUAAAAAGAACAUCUGCAGCUUGUAGAAUUGCUUUCAAUGAAACUGUCUUUUAGGGACCUUUUAUUUUGCUCGUGUACAGUUCUGAAUGUAUGCUUGCCAUCUUCAUCCCUCCAUGUUUGAUCAUUUCAAAACAUACUUUAUAUGACAGUAGAUUGUCUAGUCCUUUGAUAAAACCUUAAAUAUUUAGAUGCAAAUAUAGUUUCCUUCCUCUUUAAACCCCAUUAAAUGGAACAGCAAAAGAACUGCUUACCUGAACACGGUCUUACAUCUGCCAUUGGUCAGUCACACAGAUAGUCCCGCCCACAAAGUAUUCUCAUUGGCUGAGCCAGAUGUUGACACGUCAGGCCACCUAUUAAUGACACACUAGACUUUAAAGUGAUUUUGUUGUUUUCCAGAAAUAUGAGAUGAGCUGAAAUUUCAACUUCCUGUGAUUGUAAUCUGUAAACAGGAAUUUGCAUACUGUUUCUGAUUUCUAUAUAAUAGUGUUUCUCUAACUAUAACUCAGCUCCUUGAAGUAUGCACCAUUUGCAUAGGGAUUUAUAAAUAUUGAUAAAGAUUUUUGAAGAUU